AUGCGGGAAAUCCAGGAGGCUCAAAAAGAGCAGCGGGCGGCGUUAGAGAUGCUGACGAAACAACUCUCUCAAGUUGCAGUAUCGCUGGGCGAGUUAAAGGGAAAUGAAGCCAUUAUGCAACCGCCUGGUCAUGAGAAUAUUAGUGAAGUAUCCCUGCGGUCAGGGAAGGUCUACCAAAGCCCCAGCCAUCCUGCGAUAUCUCCACCAACGGAUUUCGGACCAAGCCGUGAGGAAGAGGGAGAAUCCAGUAGAGGUGGUCAAGUGGAAGAAAAAUGCAAGGAAAAGGUGGGAGGAGAGGCCUCAGAAGAAGGUCAGAAGGAAGAAACUGAAAGGGUUAAGCCUUAUCCGUACCGUGGAAUGGUGACAAGAAAAAAAGAUGCCACAAUUGAUGUGGCAAGCACGUUCAAGGAUGUGGAUGUAAAGAGAAACGACCUCCCCUCCAAGAAAACUGAUCCAGGAAUGUUCACACUCCCAAUUUCAAUCGGAGACAUUCAGGUAGAGCACGCCAUGUACGACUUGGGGGCAUCUAUCAAUGUUCUGCCACACUCCAUCUAUCGGAAGCUGGGAGAGGUCAAGCUAGUCGACACGGAUAUAAUGAUACAGUUGGCCGACAGAUCAUGUACUCACCCCGAAGGAAUUCUGGAAGAUGUUAUUGUAAAGGAAUUUUUGGAAGAAGAAUUUUUAAAUAGGCAAUUCACGGACUCCGCUGUAGAUGAAGAGGUCGAAAAGGAAGUAGAAGAGUGGUUUGAGAAAAUAAGGUUGGAGAAAUGA